AUGCGAGGCAUUUACAUUCUGAAAGUAAUCCUUGGGGGGUUCACCCGAGACAAGGAGACAACAAAGGGAGCAAGCAUUGACCUACAAAUAGAAAUGGUGGCAGGCAGCCGACCUACUCUCUGCACACUCACACAGUUACGCUGGGACAUCUACCACGCCACAGUGGCAAAAUCUGCGAGGCUGAGCGCAGAUCGCUGUGGCUUCCGCGGCUUCCGGGGA